AUUAAACUUAAAUAGAUAGCAUGAAUUAUUUAGAUCAAUAUAAAUAAAAGAGUUGUUAUCUUGACCAUGGUAAAUUGAAUGAGAUUUGCAAUAAAAAUAUGGAGACUUUAUUAUGGAGGAUUAUCAUGAGCAAGAUUACAAUUUUUAAGCAAAAUUAUAUAUGAAUUAAGUUUUGAGCUUUUUGAUGCAUCUCGAUUAGGCUCUGUUCAUGAUAAACUUUCACAUUUAGUUGGAAUAUAUUGUACUUUAAUUGGAGGACCAGUUCAAUUAUAUAUUAGUUGUUAUCAGAUAUUAAAGAGGUUUUUAAGAUAAAUGUUUUAAAUACUAUUCAAUAGAUUUAGAGAUAUAAUUACAAUUGCAGUGAGCUUUUGGGAUAUGAAUGUAAAUUAAUAAAAUAAAUUUGAUGAUUAGCUAUAUUUUGAUAAAUGAUUCAGGUGAGAC